AUGAAUGAAAUACGCAUUUCGCACUUUGAUGAGCAGUUUGAGGAUUUGGAGAUGAUAUUGGAAUUUGAGAAUUUAGAGAAGCUCACGGUGUAUGAGGACAAUAUCUAUGCAAACGAUGUCAGUUUGGCUGAUGUGGUUGAAUUGCAUAAUCGUUUAAACGAGAAUGAGCAACUUAAUAUAAAUAUGUCAUUCACCGAUACGAGAUUCUUUACAAAUUUUAAUAGACUUGCUAACAAAACAUCUGUUAAUGAGGAGAGCAAAGAGAGCAAAGAGAUCAAACAGAGAUCUAUUCUUGAGUACAGAGCCGAGAGUGACGACGAUGACCCAUUCCUCUAUGAAGCUGUCGAUGUAGACGAGAAUGACGACGCUCAAGUUGUUGAAGGUGCGGUUCAGGAUACUUCCGAUGAACUUGGUGAAGACAAUGAUGAUGGUGUUGUAGUAGAGGAAGUCACUACAGUUGAAGGUGUUCCUGCAGAAGACCUGGGGCAUGUGCUAGAUGAUGAUAAUGGCGAUCAAAACAAUGUAAAGGUAGAAGAGAGCACAGAGACGGUCACUUUCGGUGAAUCAGUCGAUGACAAUGAAGAGCUUGAUCAGCAUGAUCAAGUAGGAGAGGACGUAGGCGGUGAUGAUGAGCGGAAUGAUGAAGUUGAUGAAGCUGAUGAAGCAGUUGAAACUCUUGAGACCGUUGAAGCUGAUGACGGCUCAACUAUUCAACGCGUAGAAUCGACUACUCAUCACAUAUAUGACGAAAAGCCAGUUGAAAUGGGCGAGGAGACGGUUGAUCAAGUUGAAGUUGCUCAACCCGUACACAAUGAACAAUCAGAGCCUUUUGCUGCCUCUAAACUAGACAACGAUCCUUCGAUUGGCGAUCAAAAUGGUAACAAUGACUCACAGAUAGAUGCAGGGGUUGUUGAAGAGACUGAAGUUGAAACAACAACCGCUAUAAAUGAUAACACAGGUGAAAAUCUCGAAGAGAAAGUGGUCGAAUCAGUUGAUGUACCGACUGAAGACACACACUCUUUGGCAACAUCAAAGAGAUCUUUCGAGGAGGUAGAAGCUAACGACAACUCGAUAGAUCUAGGAAAUGCAAUUGAAAGUAAGCGCAUGAAGAGUGAAGAAGUAGCGUAA